CCGGCUGGUGUGAGGGCAAAGAAAACGGGAAUCGGGAGAAGUUACGUGCCAAAGAAAACGAAGUGUGAAAGAAGUCAAAGUAUGGGCAGAUAUGAUAGGGUGGUUUACUGAUGUUUUUUCAUUGAGUAUGCGUGGAAGGUAAAGUUGUCAUAGUGUCGUCCCAGCGUUGAAUUACUGAAAAAAGGGAAAGGGAGGGAGUAUUAAUUCAUUGUAAAAGGUCGGAUUUUCAUUCAAGAAAGCAAAGCAGCCAAGUUUCAGAAAUCUAUCGGGUAAGAAGGCAUUCCCUGUAUCUUAGGUGUGAUACUAUGAUCUUUCCAAUCGUUAUGACACAUCUCACUGAGACAUGAUUCCGCACAUAUCUUGAUCGGGGAAAAGAGAGAGAAAAAAAACCCAUAACGCAUCUUAAUAUCUUCACAUCUCACACUCAUCCCGAGAAUCCAAAAAGAAAGAAAGAAAGAAAAAAGACAUACCAGCAUCUUUUCAAAAAUAACAAAUCAUUACACGCUUUACAAAUAUAUAUUCUUUUUCCUAAACUAAAAACAUGCGUUCUUUCUUCAGCGUGAUGCACAUAAGGUCAUGCUUAGCAAUCUCAACGCUAUGGCUUCUCCUGGGAAGUGAAGUCAGUACGACCAAACACGACCUGUUUAAGCACCGGGAGUGUCGUCAGCGGCGAGGGGAUGUGGCUGACAUUCCGGAUUCGCUGACAGCCGCUCCUUCUCACCCCAGGAACCUUAAGGUCUUAUCCCGCCCAAGGAGGUUCAUGUCUUGGCCAGAAGGGUCUACGCUCACGAUGCAUCCGGGACUUUCCUUGCCCUACGUGUCCUAUAGCGAUGGCUACCAGAAGGGUUCCUUGUACCUAGGCUUUCCCAUGACUCUCAGGUUACCGACGGCGCCCCUGAGACUAGCAGGAUCAGGGGCGCCCCUUUUUCGCCGCUCCCUGGACCAGCAUAGGAACUGGAGCUUCAGUAUUCUACAGGAUGGGCUUAAUACCUUUGGUCUGCCGGGAAGGUCGUGCGUGCUGAAAACCGUGUGUGAAAUCGCUCGCCAGCCGGUCGACGAUCUGGGACUUCUCGGUGACAUCAUCAAUUUGAUUUUCUCCGCGGGCUACGGCGAAGGCUCGGAGGGCAUGUACGAGUUCGUGGCGGCGGAGCAGGCGGGGCGCCGAGCGGGCGACUGCGAAGGCCGCUUCCCCGAGUGUCCUUUGGGAAUCGCUGGCCUCCUCCAGAGCGGCCUUUCCUACCUCCUCGCCGGCCUCUCCAAUGCUGGCUCACGCGAUCACGGCUUCUGA